ACUAUUUCGUCUCUAUGUAAACAACAUGGAGUCGUUUUGAAGUAAAACUGAUUUAAUAAUGUAGAAUAUUUAUCGUUUUACAUAAGAUGGGUUCAAGAAUUCGUAGCCGUGGUCACACGGGUAGAGAACGUACACAUUUUGACAUUCAAGUUCGACUUUUUACGGACGAAAAAUUCCCCUUAAAGCAUGUAUCAGGGGAAAUGAAAAUAUCUGAACUCAAAAGAUAUAUGGAAUUUGCUGCAGGAAUUCCUGUUCAUAUGCAAAAAAUAAGCUAUCUUGAUGCAGGGGAAUUACUGGAAAACUCCACAAUCCGCAGCAAUGACAUUGUCCCUGGGGCCACAUUGAAUGUCAGUGUGUGGCCGAUGUGGCGAGAUCUUAUAGAGGCCGCCUCUGUUAAUGAUAUUGACUGGGUUUUCAGCCUGGGAGUCACAAAUCCAACAUCUUACAGAACUCCACACAGUGAUUACAUGACAAAAAAGGCAAGAAAAGCCUGGCUUGAAGAGAGAGCGUUUUUAGCCCUGGUUAUAGCUGCUCAUCGAGGUCACGAAAAACUAGUCAAGAGGCUUAUAGAAGCAGGGACAGAUUUGAAUGCAUGUACUCCCUGUGGGCGUACAGCUCUGCAUGUGGCAGCUUCCCAGGGGCGCGGCAAUAUUGUAGACAUUCUGCUAGAAAAAGGUGCUGACAUCGAUGCAGAAGAUGAUGAUGGUUCCACAGCCUUGUCCAUCGCAGCAAAGUUCAACCACAAAAGUUGUGAGCGACAUCUUUUCCUCUUCCGCUGGCAAGAACGUGCCAAGCGGACAAAACCAAGUGAAGAGCCUGACCGCAUGGCUCAUCAGUUCUUUGAUUCUGCUUUCCCUGUGUGGAUGAAGGGACAGAAGUGUCAACUCUAUAUGACAAACAUUCUGCCUCCAGGCGAGUAUGAAGGCACUAGGUUAGAUUCUCCCAAAAAGAAAAUGCACAAUCGAGGAUUUACAGAAGAUGAAAUAAAGUCACUGGAGCGACAAAGAACAGAGGAAAGUUUUGAAAUAGACCCUGAUGGCUUUGAUGAAGAUGGGAACUUCAAACUUCCAGUAAUAAGAGAGGAGAGACAAAAAACCAAAUCAAGCAUGAAGUCAAGUGUCUCCUUCGAUGACUGGUUAAAAAAAAAGAAGGCAGUAGAACAGAGAGCUAUUGACAUCAAGAAAGCAGCCGAGGAAAAAAUACGACUAGAGGAAGAAGAACGAAGAAAUGAAGAUGACCCGGAGCUGAGAAGAAAGCGAUUGGAGGCUGAGAAAUCGCAGUCUUACGAGACAUGGCUAGCCCAGAGGGAAGUGGAGAAAAAGAAGGUGGAAUUCCAACGUCAGAAAGACGAUCUCCCAUUGGCUGCAGAUCGGGGCCCUGGAGCCCUGAGGGCAUAUCUUAGGUCCCUGGGCAAAACCCGCGCGGGCGAUACCUAUGAGGAUUGGCUGGAUCAAAAAGAGACUGAACUAGAUUUAUAUAAGGACAGAGUGCAAUCAGCAAAAUCAUUAACUGCUUAAAUACAGUCUUGUGAUCCAAUGUAAUGUGAUAGGUGCACUUGCGUUAACUUUUUAGUGUAAAAUUUGCUGCAGAAUGGAAUUUGCAAACUAAUAAAGAUGCAAGGGUUCAAAUAACGUUAUUAAUGCAAGUGCAAGUGAUCAAAUUUUAAGCUAGUUUUCAUGUAA